ACGCCGAAAGGGACAUCGAGGGAUACGUGGACCUCUUUGAUUCCAGCCUUCGAGAGAAGACGUUUCCCUUCUGGCUCGACAACGCCGUCGACACGGAGAACGGGGGGUACAUCAUCCUGCCGUCCUUCCCAGAUCUAGAGGGAGAGAAGGUGGUGCCCGACCCCCUUGUGAAGACGAUCGUGUACCACAUGCGCAUGAUGUACGGAUUCUCCCUCGCCCACGCCAGCGGCUACUCAACUCCGGAGCGGGACUACCUGCAGGCGGCCAAGCACGGAUACGACUUCAUCGUGGAGAACUUUCUGGAUCCCGAGUUUGGAGGGUACUACUGGGCGGUGGACCUCUCGGAGGACGGAAACAGCACGGACACGCGCAAGUUCAUGCACGCUCAGGCGUUCAUCAUAUUCAGCUUCUUGGAGUACUACAGGGCGUCCGGAGCGAACGACCCCUGUGGACGGGGCAGGGAAGCGGUUUCGGUCAGUCCGGCGAUGCCGGUUUGGGACUUCGAGGAGGACUGGACGCCCAUCGGUGAGCCCCAAGCCAUGGGCCCGUUGGGGACCUUCGGCCUGAAGACGAGCAGCCCCCAGCUGCACCUCUUCGAGGCCUUCACGGAGCUCCUGGUGGAGACCGGAGACGACGACGUCAGGGGCGCUUUGCAGGAAGUGAUCGACACAAACCUUCAGUACUUCCACCCCGAGAACCCCGGCGAGUCGACUUCGUCGUGGACGUGGAACUGGACGCUGGUCGACGAGAGCCCGAACGAAUCCUACGGCACUCUGGCAGAGAUUGCCUAUCUUUUCAUUCGGGCUCAGAAGGCCCUUGGGGAGGAACCCGACCUGGACAUGUACGACGCUUACCUGUCUUACGCGAUUGAGAGCGGCUACGACCAGGAGUCGGAGGUCGGCGGCCUCUUUGACCGCGGGGACAAGACGUGGUGGGCCAACGCGGAGUUCCUGUCCUCCCUGGCGGAAUAUUUUGAGACCGCGGGGGAUGAUUUGUACGAGGACGUGCUGCUGAGCCACCUGAGGUUCAUAGAGUGCUACGCGAUGGACGCUGAGGACGGCAUUUGGGCGUGGUCUUUGAAUGGGGACGGGUCUGUGAAGCAGCUGGACAAGGUGAACAUGUGGAAGGCUGCAUACCAUGACGUCCGCGCGCUCCUUAAGUUCAUCGCCGCCUACUCAAAGUAG